AAGGCGCUUCGGGUGAUUGCGCAAAAAGGUGCGCCUUCCCGUCUCCACCAUCUUGCUCCGCUUUUGCGCCGCGUCUGAUUCGGAUUGCCCCACCCCAGCCAUGGUGAUCGAGGAAGUGCUACCCCUGGAAAGCUCCAGCCUGGCCCAUCUGCUGCGAGAUCCCCAAGAAAGCGGCCGUACGCUGGUGCUGGACUGCCGGCCCUUCCUCGCUUUCUGCCAGGCGCACCUGGUGGACUCGCGGCCGGUGCAUUGGAACGGGCUGCUCAGGCGCAGGUCCCGUGGCAGAACCGGAGUCAGCCUGGAGUGGCUGGUGCCCGACAGGGCGCUGUUGGGGCGGCUCCGCAAGGGAGAGCUGGCCCACUUGGUGGUGCUGGACGAGGCCAGCGGCUCGGUGGCAGCGUUGCGGCCGGACAGCCUGGCCAGGUUGCUCCUUAACGCCCUGCUGCUGGAGGACAGAUCGGGGACCUCGCGCAUUUACCUGCUCAAAGGUGGCUUUGAGAAUUUCCAAGCCAAUUUCCCAGAACUCUGCUCUGAGACUCCUAUGUCCACUUCCUCUCCUGCUCUGAGAAGCCCUGAAGACAACAGCAAUGAAGCAAUCACUCCCCUGUAUGAUCAGGGUGGGCCAGUAGAGAUUCUUCCGUUUCUGUACCUGGGCAGUUGCUAUCACUCCUCCAACAGGGAGGUUCUGGAGUCCUUGGGGAUCACUGCCGUGCUCAACGUGUCCUCCAGCUGCCCCAACCAUUUUGAAGGGCAGUUCCUCUAUAAGAGCAUCCCGGUGGAGGACAACCACAUGGCUGAGAUCAGCGUUUGGUUCCAGGAAGCCAUCAGCUUCAUCGAUUCGGUCAAAAACAGCGGUGGGCGAGUACUGGUCCACUGCCAAGCAGGCAUCUCCCGCUCCGCCACCAUUUGCCUUGCCUACCUGAUCCAGAGCCGCCGGGUGCGCCUGGAGGAGGCCUUUGACUUUGUCAAGCAGCGCCGUGGGGUUAUCUCGCCCAAUUUUGGCUUCAUGGGGCAGCUCCUGCAGUUUGAGACAGAGGUGUUGUGCCAUUAGCUCAGCAGCCCCUUAUUGCCUGCAAGCCAGUUGGUUGGAAGUAGGGGGGACCCUCCUUCCAAGGACAGAGAGACUGAUGUGUGUUUCUGUUUACAUCCCUAUGGGGGCGCUGUAACCCAGGACAAUAUCACUUCUUGAUUGCACUAAAUGAUGCUGGAGGAUCCCUUUGGGGAGGGGAUCCCUUCUGCAGCCAGACAAGACUUUCUCUCUCGGCUGUUUUAAACUGCUCUGCUCUUAGCCUGCUUAUUACACAAUAAAUAUCCAGGAUAAGGGCAAUGGAGGGAGGGUUGGAAAGGUGGGCGGGGCGGGGGGGAAGCUCUCCCUGUUCCUCCAUUGGUGAGUCAUUGUGAGGCCAGAAUUCUCCCACUGAAGUUGUAAAAGAAACCCAAAUUCGGAUGUACUCUUGUCGCAUCGAUCAGUGUCUUCCCAAGCUGGUGCUCGUUGGUGCAUUGUAUCGUCCUUCUCUUUCUGCCAGAUCCUUAUGGCUUUGUGUCACCAUGUUACAGUGAAGCCUGCAGUUCAAACAAUCUCCUUGAGUUAUCUGUGGGCUAAAGGUGAUUAGCAGGGAGAAAUAAUGAACUGGGCUGUGUCCUGUGGUGGUGUGUCUGACCACAAAGUGGGAGCAGAACAUGCAAAAGAGCCGGGAAAGGCUGCUUUUGAAAAGGAAAAACCGUGUCAUAGCUGUCCCAUUAGUAUCCCUCCAAGUAGCCAAGGCCGGCACGUAUAACUUCACCCUCUUUCCAACAUCGUCGUGAAGUAAGCUAAGCUGAGGAAGUGGCACUAUCAGAAGGUGAUCCAAUCAGCUUCUUGGCUAAUAGGGGAACCAGCACAGUCCAUUUUCAGAUAGGAAAACCUUUUCCUCAUGUUGUCCAUGGAGAAGAUGGCCUUGCAGUCCUCCAGCGGAGGUGUAUCACCUUCCUCUGCAGGUCUUUCCUGUGUCUGGGUCUCAGGCAUUGGCAGAGAUUUUUCUUUCUGCCUUUUUGGGUAAUCCUCUUUCUUUGACCAUCCUCAAACUUCAGAUGCGAGUUGAAAAGUCCAGGGAAAUUCAAUUAUACACUGAACUAUUUAUUUCCCAUUUGGGUACAUUAGGUGAUUCAGUUAGCCUCUGAUCCCCAGCCUUACAUAGGCCAGCCAGCGACCAACAAGCAUUCUUUGUAACUAGUUACUGGUUGUUCAUAUAUGCUGUGAAAAAGUGAGGUAUGGGGUGUGGGGGGGGGGAGUCCCCAUUCCUAGAAAUGCAGGACAGGAGAACUCGCUGCCCCGAUGCCGCACAGCCCUUCCCUGUAGGUAGAAGAAGCCUGGGGAGUACCAGCGAGCCUCCUGUUCUGCUGAGAUGGAUCUCCUUUUCUAAAUGCACUGAGAACAGACAACACCUUUUGCAGCCAAAGAACCCCCUCCCUUUCCUUCCUCCAAGGUGUUGUCUUGGACCACAGUGGGCACGAACCACUGAGAAGCCUCCUGCGCAGCUCCUGCUCCUUUCAAUAAGGCUUGUGCAGUAGAACUUACUGAUGGAUCGUGGCCAGAGUCGUUCUCCCCCUUCCACCCAUUGAGCAAUAUACAGUUUGUGCAUUCAUGCAAUUAGGAGAAUUUCUUCAUCAACUGACAUUAAUUUUCAAUGUCUCUUGCACUUUAUAUUUAUUAUCACCUGUUGCAAUAAAAUAACAAUUUUUAUAUUG